AAAAGCUAAACGUGUAGCAAAGUGCCCUGUGCCGAAGAGAACGUGCUUAGGAAGUGUGUGCAUGCUUCUGAACCCUGAGUGGUUCUCAGUUCUGUAACCUUCUCCUCCCACUGGGUGGAGUAGGGCCUUUAAGAGCAGCUGGAAUGCAGUUCCCCUGAUCAGCCUAGCCAGUUGUUGCCUGUCUGAACCUCUGCCCGUCCUGGAGAGCGGUGCUCUGAGCUCAAACCAGUGGGCUUCUUUCUGUUCACCACCGCCCUUCUCGCCAGAGCAAGCAGCAGCUCCCCACAGGGAAGAGUGUUUCCACCUGCCCAGCCAUGGGAGAGGACGCUGUACAGGCCGAAAAGUUCCAGCAAUUGGGCUCUGAUGUGCGGCACGAGAAGCCAACAAGCCCCAGCCCGAUGCCCUCCUCCACGCCGAGCCCCAGCCUGAACCUGGGGAGCACGGAGGAGGCCAUCCGGGACAACUCGCAGGUGAACGCCGUCACGGUGCUGGCGCUCCUGGACAAGCUGGUGAACAUGCUGGACGCGGUGCAGGAGAACCAGAACAAGAUGGAGCAGCGGCAGAUCAGUCUGGAGGGCUCCGUGAAGGGCAUCCAGAACGACCUCACCAAGCUCUCCAAGUACCAGGCCUCCACCAGCAACACGGUGAGCAAGCUGCUGGAGAAGUCCCGCAAGGUCAGCGCCCACACGCGCGCGGUCAAGGAGCGCAUGGACCGGCAGUGCGCGCAGGUGAAGCGGCUGGAGAACAACCACGCCCAGCUCCUCAGGCGCAACCAUUUCAAAGUGCUCAUCUUCCAGGAAGAAAAUGAGAUCCCUGCCAGUGUGUUUGUGAAAGAGCCAGUCCCCAGUCCGGCGGAAGGGAAGGAGGAGCUUGCCAGCGAAAACAAGUCCCUGGAGGAGACCUUGCACACGGUGGACCUCUCGUCGGAGGAUGAACUGCCCCGCGACGAGGACGCGCUGGAAGACAGCGCAGAGGAAAAGACGGAGGAGAGCCGGGCGGAGAAGAUAAAAAGAUCCAGCCUUAGGAAAGUGGAUAGCCUCAAGAAGGCAUUUUCUCGCCAAAACAUCGAGAAAAAGAUGAACAAGCUGGGGACAAAGAUCGUAUCCGUAGAGAGGAGAGAGAAGAUUAAGAAAUCUCUCACAUCCAAUCACCAGAAAACAUCCUCAGGGAAAAGCUCCCCCUUCAAGGUUUCUCCCCUGACUUUCGGUCGAAAGAAAGUCCGAGAGGGAGAAAGCCCCGCAGAAAACGAGACCAGGUCGGAAGACACGCCGAGCAGCGAGCAGGUGCCGUCCCAGGAGGAGGGCUCCUUUGCGGAGGGCCUUUCCGAGGCGUCCCUGGCCAGCGCGCUGCUGGAAGGGGACAACGCGGAGGGCGCUGCCGAGAAGGCGGCCUCCAGGGGGAGCAACUCGGGCGUGGACAGCAACGUCGACUUGACCAUUAUGGAAGACGAGGAAGGGGAGUCAGUGGCCCUGGAGCAGGCUCAGAAGGUGCGCUACGAGGGUGGCUACGAGCUAACCUCGGAGGAGGCAGAGCGCUCAGACGAGGAGCAGGUGCGCCCGGCUGUGCUGCAGGUGGACCAGAGCGCCUAAACGCGCCGCCCCUGCCCGCCCGUGCCUCAGUCAAGCGGUCCACCGGAGCCCGAAACGAGCUCCUGCACACUCCAGCGCCGCCCCUCACUGCUGCCUUCCUGCCCGGGCAGCAAUAAAGGACCAUAGCAGUAGCAGCAUACACAAGACCAGCAUUCACUAUGAAAGCAACCUGCCCGGGCUCUGCUUUUAAUUCGCCCUUAGGUCCUAUUUCUGUAGAGUUUCUCCAGGAUUGCCAGGAAGAAGAAAUCGAGAAGUUGAAAAACGUUGAUCUGUUUGUCUUAGUAAGAAAAACUAGAGGAUACUUAAAAUACUAGUCACGAAGUAUGAUGCGUUCUUUUUUGUCACUCCGUAAGCUUGCUGAAUAGUGUACCAGUAAUACAUUGAAUUCCCACAGGACUCUGUGACUCUAAUUGUGAUUCAAGUGUGUGAUUAUAUAAUAUAAAGACAUAAGCUAAAUAUAUGUUUUAAGAAGAAAACAUUUACACAAGGUAGAAGAGACUGUUCAGUUGGUUACUCACUUAAUAGAUACCAUUGCUUUAUUGUAAACAAAGGAAAAAUUGAAAGAUUAUCAUAGCUAAUGAAGUAAGAUAUGUGGUAAAGUCUGAACUAUUAGAAAAGAAAACUAAGAAGGA